AAGCAACAGGGAUCAUCGCCAUACAUAAUAGAAAUAGGUGCUUCAUCAUAUACAGGGAUGUUUGGUUACUUAACUGCAUUUCAGGAGAUGAUAGAACAGGUACCAAUAUUCUGUAUUAAAGUAGGGUACAUGUUUUUUAGUGCACGUGUUCACUGCGUGUUGUUCUAAAUGAGACGAGGGAUGCUCUUAAAUCACGUAUGGAAGAAUUAAGGUAGUUGUUUGAGGACGGCUCUCUUUUCCGCCAAUCACUUUUAAUAUACCUUUUCUAUAUCUUGUUCAUUUCAGACCACGUGUUGGUACCCCAGAGAACUGUCUCUUACAAAUGUCGUCCGAUGCACGUGCAUAUGUAUGCAUAAUUUAUGAAAAGAAAGAGGAAAAUUCUCUCGAGAAUAUCAUACCACGUGCUCUGAACAAACCUUUUUAGCUUGUAUGUUUUGUUUUCCCCUUUCAGACCACGUGAUGGUGCCCAAGAGAAGCCUAAGAGGACUGUUUCUUUCAAACGUCGUUCUAUGCAUGUGCAUACACUUGCAUAUGUAUACAUCAUUAAUGAAACGACAAAAGAAAAAUUUGCUACAGAAUAUCUGAAUAUCUGGACUGAAUUGGGAGAAUAAAACAUACAAGCUAAAAAGGUCUAUAACACCUUACUUCAUAAUCUGUCCCUUUCUUGUUUCGUACAAAAACGAUGAUAUCGGCAUUAAAACGAUGAAACGAAAAUUUUUUAAUGAUCUGUCUCCGAUGACGAUAAACUAAAGCGAUAGCAAUGGUUAGUACACACAGUCGUCAGACGCUUUUGGGCCUGCUACACCUCUAUAGUACGAUCACCUCCCAGUUACAGGCAGUUUAUAAUCAGAUCAAUUGGUUCCAACGACACUAAACUUCAUACACUCCCAGCUCUAUGAUACGGAAAGCUCAGUCUGCAACGGGGAUGGUUGGCUUUUUUGCAUUAGUGUGUGUAUUGAUAACAUAACUAAUUGUGCGGACUCUGCGAUCAUUGGCAAACGUUUACACGCAAUUUACCAAGGAUGUUUUGGAUUUAUAUUUAGAAUGUUUUGGAAGAUUAUGACGACAUAGUGGUGACGGCUGGUACAGGAGGAACGGCAGCAGACAUUGCUAUUGCUAAUUACUUAACUGGAUCAAAACUCAAGUAAGGCUUCUGACGUCAUAACAGCUAUUAGAGAGCUUAAGCAAUGACGACGGCGACAGCAACGAGAGCGGCAGUUAAGCAAAACAGCAACUUAUUUUCACGCGCGUGACGCUUUUUUUUGUACAUUCUCUUUGCCGUCGUUGGACGACUACAACGUGAAAGUGCCUAAAUUCACGUUUUGUCGAGGAUGGGAACACAAGUUGAAGACAACAACUUUUUUUUCUUUUCCUGAACUUUGAUACAGGCCUUUAGAAUUUAACUCCUGCAAAAACAUUUGCCAACACUUGACGAAGUAAACGAGAUCGAAUAAGCGCGAUAAAGUUUGAAGCAGCGCAAAUUCGCUUUUUAUGUGACGUUUUCGUAGCCGUCGCCGUUGUUGUUGCUUAAGCUCCCUAUUACCCAAUGGUAGGAGGAGGCAGGGUGGCCGAGCGGUUAGGGUGCUAGCUGGAUCUUUUCACGGUAGUCCCGAGUUAAAACUCUCGGCGACGCUUGUAAAUGAUUUGCCAGUAAAUGUGUUACCACCAUGAAGUCAGUUUUUUUUUCAGUAUGUCUGCUGUGCAUCAUAACAGGAUAAUAAUAUGAAACACUUCAUUGCUUUCCCCUACCUAUAUAUUCAUCAGAAAAUUUAAACUCCCGGGGUACAUAGCAACAUUUUAUACGGAGGGUUUCCGCACCGCGAUCCAACCCUUAACCCUUUUAUAUACCAUUUUGGCAGAACAAGGUACACCUUUCGUAUACGUUAAACUUCCAUUGAAAAAUGUUGCCUCUUCCACAUGCUUACUGUCAGUAAAUCUUCACGUCAUUUUAUGUGGCAUUUAAAAAAUUAAACUGAUACAACCGAUAAGGUGUGUUGGCUCGAAAUAUUUCAGUUUAGAGUCCUUUUAAAUACGUAAAUUACAAAUUUCCUUACCCUUUCAUAUACCUCAACUCAAGAAACCCUACCGUUUUCUAUACCCAACGCCAGAAAAAUGUAUUCCUUCGAGCAGAGCCUUCUCGCAAAGGCCAUCUAGAGAGUAUCGCCCCCGGACUUUAAAAACACUGCGGUGGGCAAAGGGUCUACACUGAAAACGCGUAUUUGAACAACCCGCGUCAAUUGAGGCAGCUUCCUUUCUCUUGUUUUUCUUUUCUCGAAUGGUUUUGCAGUGGGCAUUGCAGAAGAGCUUUAAUUUGUUGUACAUGUAGUGCAUGAACUUGAAGCUGCAAUAUACCUUGCCUUGUACGGUGUCUGGUGAACCUUUGGUAUCCAUUAUAUUUGUGGUAACGCUAGAACGGCUUGCCAGUAACUAGUACUGUGUUCCGUUGUGAGGGCUCCUCUCGCUCAAAUGUUCCACAGUUGGCUGUUAUAGGAUUUAAUGGAGCCGAGACCAAUUGUGGAAUCGCACGCAUUUUAGGCAUUCUACUGAUGAACAGAUAUUUUGAGCAACAAACAAUUUCCCGUCUGUCAUCUUUUAAUUGAAGCUAUCAAAUUUGUAAUGCUAAUUGUCUGUACUCUUAUAAAGACGAUUUGCGCGGAACCUUAAAACGAACUUGUUUACUCAUUUCAUCUUCUAGAUGCCAUGCUGUUAAUGUAGCCGACAAUGCAGCGUACUAUUACGAUAUCAUAAAUAAAGACCUCCGAGCUGUGGGGAUUGAUGUUCAAGCAGAGGAGAUUAUCGAUAUCAUUGAUGGAUACAAAGGAAAGGGAUAUGCUGUAUCAACUCAACAUGAACUAGGUGGGUACCAGCAACUGGUGAAGUUGGUGAUCAAAUGAAAGAAACGUUUAUCCAUAGGCGGAAAUCCGCUUGAGCCCUCUUUUAUUAGCAGGGUCAAAUCUUUGCCUUGCUUUUCACGCGACUUUCCCUCCGAUGAAACGUCCGUUCGCCCGCUGCAUGUAAGCAAAUGUGAAAUAUCGCACUUCUCAAGAAAAUUAAGGUAUGGGUCUUCUAUUUAAUUCCUCACAAACAGGGGGGGGAGGGGGUGGUCUAAUCUCUUACGUAUGUAUAAGUUUAAUAACUUUGCAUGAUGAUUGGAGUCACUAAUCGUCACGUGACCUAUUAAGACUAUUUUAAGCACACAAAUCUAUUUGGCAACAUGGCAUCAGUUUUAAUUACUUUCUGGAAGUCACAGUUAUCGUCAUAGUUAUGAGACUAGUCGGUACAUCAUUUCCGUGCCCGGGCCUUUUAAGUUAAUCUUUUAUACAGGGACGAAAUUCGAAAAUCGCUUGAUAAGGAGACUGGGUACUAGUACAAAAUUCCGUUUUUUUACACUUUCAAUAAAUUAUCUAACAAAGCCCGGGAACAGAUGUCUAGUCGUUCCUCUAGGGACAUGUUUGGUUGCAAUUUUUUUAUUGACUGCUUUUAUAAACUGGUGCCAUUUUUAAUUUAAGCUUUCUACGCGCAAAAUAGCCGUUUAAGGUCACGUGACCUAAUUUACAUAUUCUUUUACACGGAAUCGCAUAAACUUUUGAGAGACAUUAUUUUACUCAAUUUUUGUCGCUAAAGGCUUUAGUCCUCAACAUGUAGACCACCCCUCAACUGUUUGAAGGAAAUUGAAACAAUGGGCAUAUAUACCCUUCGUUCUUUUAUAAAUGACGUACAAAAUAAUUCAUCUCAGAGUCCGGAUUGUCCGCUGUCAGAAAUGGGUCAACUGAUGACCUAAGUCCGUGUUUUUGUGAUCCUGUUGUUUACGUCUCCCGUAAACGGUUAUAUUAGGUAGUUAAGCGUAGUAGUCGCGCAAUGAUGGUAAAGAAAUGUUCUAAAAAGUUAGAUCCAUCUGCGGAGUUUGUUUUGCUUUGACGUUCUUUCCUUCUUGAAAAACGUUGAAAUAACAAGGUGAAUGGUAGGUAAUGUUUGUGCUUAGCUGUAGAGCGUUUUCUCUUGAUGCCUGGGACACGAACAUGUUAGAAUAGUCUUUACUAGUUGUUGAAUUUAGCUUCAUUGGAUGAUCUUAUAACAGUAUGUUGGUGUACCAAACCAAUUCUGUGGGAGUUGAACCUUUUUCUUUCGUAAAAACUUUCUUGCGUUCCUAUAAUUUUGCAUACCACCUGGCCACGUGAUGAGUGAAAACGCUCUUUAUCAUUAUUAGAAAAAAAUAUCAGGAAAUUAAGAUAAGUAAACUGGCAAAUAAUGGACGUAACUCAACGUGGUCUUAACGUAACCUGAAUUGUAGUUUUUUUCUAUAAUUUAUUAGUUUGUUUAAUAAUUAUAACGUUUAAUAAAACUUCAGAAAACAUUAUUGAGAUCUCAAGAACAACUGGAGUAUUGGUGGACCCAGUGUACAAUAUAAAGGCAAUAAGAGGAAUGUUAACAGAGAUGAAGAAUAAUCCUGGAAGAUUCAAAGGAAAAAGAAUACUCUACGUCCAUACAGGUACAAGAUUGAUAUACGCCAGUGACAUUGUAACCUAGCGCGCUUUACAAAAGGCCUGCUAAAUAUAAGGUUUGCCAGUUACUCGCAAUUAACCGUUAGCAACGAAACUGAUUUUAGUUGUCCUAAUCACAGAUUUGACGCCAUCAAAUGUUUUCCAAGAAUAAAAAUUUACAACCUCAUCCCCAGGGUCCUGUCCUAACUGUCCCUACGGAGCGGGAGAGUGAGAACCUGGAAACGAGGUUGUAUAAUUCAAAGAUACUAACCGCAGAGAUAAACUUUGAAAACUGGCAAGCUGAACAGUUUCUCGACGACACUCGUUCGAAAUUUAGAAAAUUAAAGUGCCUGUGGCAUGUCAAUUUUAUUUAACUAGUAAGCUGUGUUUGUUCUUGUAUUGUUUUGUAAACUUUAUUACACCUAAAAUGCAUUUGUGGUGGUUAAAUAGCUGAUUUUUAAAAAUGUUUUAUUUACUGAAGGAAAGUUGCAAGUGUUUUUUUUAAUCACUGUAAACGAUAUCUACAUUCCGGUUCUCCAUUAAAGAGAACAGUUGCUAAUGUAUUGUGUACUUGUCAUUACGGCCCUCAGGUCAUGUAAUUUGACCCUACCCCGGUAAUACAGCCACCUCAUUAAUACAGCCAAGUUUUUUGACCCAUUGGUGACCGUAUUAAAGGGGAUUCCACGGCAUCUUCUGUAUUUUACUGUGCUAUUCAAAAGUUCAUUCACUGUUUAUGCGUCAUUCUAUUUUAUUGUUAACGUAAAGGUUUUAUUUUUUAGGUGGGGUAUUUGAUUUGUAUGACGGUAAAAUGGCUUCUCUGAUGACAAGCUUACAGUCCACAGAAAAAACAAAGCAGGUUUUGUAUUGGGGAGACAUCAGUGAUCCUUUGCCGUGUUGA